AGUUUGGAGAGAAUUGAAGGUGGUUUAGCUGAAGCUCGAGCUUCAAUUCUCGAUGCAAUUCGGUUUGAAGACUAUACAUCAGAGAAAGAAGAGACUUUUAUCCCAAGAGGAAGCAUUUACAAAAACCCUUAUCCAUUUCACCAGAGCCACAUAGAGAUGAUGAAGAGGUUUAAGAUGUGGAGCUACAAGGAAGGAGAACAUCCCUUAGUGCAUUUGGGUCCGAUGAAUAGGAUAUAUGGCAUUGAAGGACAAUUCAUAGAUGAAAUAGUGAGGGAGGAGAGCUCAUUCAGGGCUACACAUCCUGAUGAGGCACACAUUUUUUUCCUUCCCUUUAGUGUAGCCAACAUUGUGCACUAUGUGUACCGGCCUGUCAUCCGAAAAGAGAACUACCUCCGUGAUAGCCUACAACGGAUUGCCAUGGACUACAUAGGUGUUGUGGCACAUAAGUACCCCUACUGGAAUAGAAGCAAUGGUGCUGACCAUUUUAUGGCUUCAUGUCAUGACUGGGGACCGCAGAUUUCACUUGGUCAAUCGGAGCUCUUGAAGGACUUCAUUAGAGUACUUUGCAAUGCCAACACCUCAGAAGGGUUUGAACCUAAAAGAGACGUUUCAUUACCUGAAGUUUUUGUACCUUCUGGAAAGCUAGGCCCGCCCAAUUUUGGUCAAGCCCCACACAAUCGCCGGAUUCUGGCCUUCUCGGCCGGAGGUGUUCAUGGACCGAUUCGACCCAUCUUGCUCCAUCAUUGGAAGGACAAAGAUAACGAAGUUCAAGUCCACGAGACGCCUCCCGGAGGCAUGAACUACACGGCAUUAAUGGGACAGAGCAAGUUCUGCUUGUGCCCUAGAGGUUUUGAAGUGGCAAGUCUAAGAGUAGUGGAGGCAAUUUAUGCAGGGUGUGUUCCAGUGAUAAUUUCUGACCACUACACACUACCCUUUAGCGAUGUCCUCAAUUGGAGCCAAUUUUCAGUACAAAUUACCGUCGCAAAAAUACCAGAAAUCAAGACCAUCUUACAAGCGAUUCCAGAUGAGGAGUACCGAAAGAUGCAGAGAAGGGUUUUAAAAGUUCAGAGGCAUUUUGUACUCAACAGGCCGGCUAAGCCGUUUGAUGUGAUUCACAUGGUACUUCACUCGGUGUGGCUGAGACGAAUUGACUUUAAGAUUGGCUCUACUUGA